UGCAGCUCGGUGACAGAGCGUGUUCCCGUUUUCCUGCCAUGUGAGGAAUGCUGAAGGACAUUUUUGGGUUUCAGACGCUGUUGUAGUCUCAGUUAUUUCAUGGUCAUGUUCUUCAUUCAGCACACCGCAGAUUUGUCUAUCAAGCUGCAGCUUUGAACUCUGCACAGUCUGGAUUUUAAAACACAAAUGUUGGAGAUUUUUAUUGUUAGAUUUACAGAAUGAACACGUUUUCCUUUGCCUGCUGAAGACCCACUCAGUUAAUCCCUGGACAUCCUGACUUGAUCUGAUUGUUCUUCAGUCUGAGGCGGGGGUGUAUUUGGAGGGUUUUAGUCCUCUGAGUGUUGGUGUCGGUGAAGUUUUUGUCUGAAUGCCCCAGGAUUACCCUCAGGCUGUAGUUCCUCCUCCGGCCUGCAGGGCAGCAGCAGAAAGCAGCAUCCGGCCGUUGGACAGACGGAGCAUCGGCAUGAGCGACUUCUGGCACAAGAUGGGCUGCUGUGUGGUGGCUAAACCACCGCCGAAGAAGAAGAGGAGGAAGAUUGAUCGCAGUAUGAUAGGAGAACCGACUAACUUCAUCCACCUUACGCACAUCGGCUCUGGAGAGAUGGCAGAGGGCCUGCAGCCGUCGGGGUCGGUUCAGGAGCAGAUGAGGUCUAAAGGCCCAAAUAUGAAUGGCAGGAACAGCCUGUUAUAGCCGGAUUGUAUGACAUUGACCCAGACCAGCUGACCAGCCUCUUCCUCCUCCAUACUGAGCCUCUCCUCCAGCGUUCAACUGCCAGCCAGAGGCUUCGACUCCCUCCCCCACCCUGCUGAAGUGCCCUUGUACAAAGCGCUGAACCUCCAACACCUACAGAAGGCACUGGCCUGACCUAAAAAAAUCACUUUAUAAAUUUUUUUUUUACUAACCAAGACUGAAAAUGAGUUGCCACUUUUUAAGAAAACCUAUAUAAAACAAAUGUUUUAGAUCGGAUAAAUAAAACAUGCUGUUGAACACUAGAGGACAAACUUGAAGAGGUUUCCCCGUUAGUAUUAUGUUUAACAUCACUUAACUCCAUUUCCCAGCAUCCAUUUCUAUUUGCAGUAUCAAACAAAUGACAGGAUGUCUGUAUUUAAGAAAAACUGAACAAAGGAGUUUUACUGGCUCCAAAGUGUUAAAUUACGGAUUCCGUACAGCCAUUUUUUUCCUGAGUGGAGUGUUUCCUUAUUGGACUUCAUUUCCCAGGAGGCCUCAUUCUGCUAAAGCCCCAUUUGUGUUCAGUUUCUAAAGGAUUAUUACACCUUUCAUUUCUUGGGGUUUGUUGGUGUUUUCCAACCCUUGGAUAUGUUCAGGAGUCACAUGGCCAAAGUGAUGACAUCAUUUGACUUCAUCUCCCAGGAUGCCUCAAUCUGGCCAGUCAAACUGCUGGUGCUGAAUUAUAAAAGACUCUUUGUUUAUUUGUUUUUUAAGGAGACGGGAAGGUUCCAUGAAUCCCUGCUACACUGGACUGGACUCUGUGUGUGUAUGCGUAUGCAUUUACGUAUGUAUCUUUGUGGGGACCUCUGUCAUUUUUAGAUCCUGUAAGGACAUUCACACAAAGUGAGGACAUACCUUCAAAGGGCUGAUUGAGAGUUCAGAUUUGGUAUCUGGGUUCAGGUUAUAUCAGUGAGGGCCCUCACAAAGGUAGAAAUGCAGACAUGCAUGUGUGCGAUGUUGUAUGUUUAUAUUGUUCCCAUAUAAAAGUUUCUUUGCUUAACUCGGAGAGGACUGGGUGCACAGUCCAGAACUUCCACUCAGAAACACCAGUUCUUUGAAGUUUUCAUUUUAAACACAUUUCAAAAAUUUCCUACCAUCACUCAGCUACUCAGACUGUGGUUCAAGGACCCAAAACAGGACUUCAGCUGACACAUUUUGGGUCCUUUGGGUCAUGGGUUAGAUAUUCUUUUAGUACACUGCUUAAAACAUUUCAUGCUGCAUCUGAUAGACGAUAAAGCAUCACAGUUAUUACUGUGUAGUGUAAUCUUUUGCUGUUUUUGAUUGAUAUGUAUGAUCUCUCCAAAUGUCCAUCUGAUCAUGAGCUUGGAGUUUUCCAACCUUCAGGAUGUUUGGGGGGAUACUGGGACAGAGUGGAUUUCAACUCUCAGAUUAAAUUUGUUUAAUAUGUUCUUGUAAAGAUGAAUCAAUUUAGAAAAAAAAUAGCAUUUGUGGGUUCAUUGGAAAUAAAUUUUGUAAUCUUUGAAAUGAGUUGGCUGACAAAAACUGAAGAUAAUUUUUCCUACAAGUUUAAUUCCAGCACUUUUCAAGAAACAAUCUUUAUAAUCUUAGGCCAUGGUUUAAAAUGAAUCCCAUCCCACCCCCAAAGCAAACUCUUUACAGUUUUCUAAUAAUUUAAUAUGAGUCUCAAAUGUCCACAAUAUAUUUAUUUAUGUAAAUGUUUUCCAACUAUCACAUUGAGCUACAUGAUGACCCGGCUUCUGUGCACUGACUAACCAGCCAACUGUGUUUCACGUUGUUAUUCAAGUCUAAUCUUCAAAUGUAAACUAAUUCCACGUGUUAAACCAAAUAUGUUUCCUUGUAGGGCCUUAACCCUGUUUGUUUCUGAUCUUUUAAACAUGUCUGGUCCUUUUUUUAAUGUGCAAACAAUCCCAUCAAAAAGAGAGUCACUAAACCAUUUCCAACAUAACUCCGGUCGAGGAUUACUUGAUUAUUGGAAUCAGUUCUCUAACUGCUCAUGAACACCAAAGUAAGAAAACGGGUCUAAAAACGCUCGGACGUUUUUUUUUUACGUGAAUGCUUUAAACGCAGCGGUGACUCAUCGGGGAAAUUCAAAUGAGUGAUGAGUGGUUGCCAUGGAAACCAGUAAGUCAUGUCCUUCCUCCCUGCAGUGGUGAUAUCAGGAACCAAAACACCUGGAAAUCUGAGCUUCUGGCUGCGGUGCAUUCACUGGACUACACAGAGCAUGGGAGGUUAUACACUCCCCACUCCUCUCUGAAUGAGUCUUUAUUGUUCCAGGUUUCCACUGAAAACAACUCAUGAUUGUAAACUCAGACAUGUGGUGUUAAUAAUAAAACUCUUUAAACCUACAGCCACCUGAACUCAUCAGAAAUGGUUUUGAACCAAGACUGAUGAACAGAUGUUCAUCUGGAGAUUUUUUUAUUUUUUUUUGUCAGCUGCACCUCGCCUUGAUUCCUUGAUGAGAUUUGAGCCUGUUGUUCAUUGAUUAGUUUGUGUUCGGACCUGCAGUGUUGUUGACGUGUUCAAAGACACAGGAAGUCUGGCUUUCAGGGUGUUUUUCAGAGGCAGACAAAAGAAAACAAACUUUUUAGUGAUUUAAAAAGUGCAUCUCCACCAGAAACUUUUCUCUGCAGUCAGAAUUGUUUUUUUUACAGACUGUCAGUGGAGUCUUUAAGGUUUGGAUCAUUUUAGGUCCUUCAAGGUUAAGCCGGCCACUUCGUGGCUUCAAUGUCUUCUCCACCGAGGCAUACAGAUUAUUUUAGGUUUUUGUGAGACGUCCAAAUGAUGUCUCCUAAUUUCAGUGAUAUGUUUUUGUGAGUGAUGUCACAUACACACUUUUCCCAAAAUAGCUGAAAAUGGGACCUUUUUCCUUAUUUUCUGUGAUAUGCAACAUUAAAAUGUUGGAUAUUCAAACAUGUCCAGAUUUCAGUUACACCCCCGAGAGAAAAGGUUUAGAUGGCUUUAAAUGCUCAGCUUCCAACAGCUUGUUCUACUUUUAUAAGAGUUCAUUAUCUAUUACAGGCACAAAACACCCACCAAGUACAGCUCACAGGUACUGGAUACUGCCACUUGGCAGGCUUCCAGGCACUGGCCAAUCAGAAGAAAGUGGGCAUUUAGAGAGGGCUACCUUAAAGAGACAGGAGCUGAAAUGGCUUAUUUCAGACAGGAUCAGCUGUAUAAGAUAUGGGAGUCAUGCAAAGCUAAUUUAGACGAGUUUAGAAAAAAUUUAAUUGGCUUUUUUGAAUAAUCAAACAUUUCAGAAAUCACCACAUGAGAAACCAUUCUGACUGCUGUGACUGAGGACUUUACAAACGUUUUAUGUGAUUAUUAUGUUCUUCUGAAAGUGGGCGGUGGAGAGGAAGAAGUCUUCAGGUUUUAGUCGACUUCUUGGCUCAAUUAUUCCCGCUCUGAUUCUUGGAAACUCAGACAUGUUCUCCGAAUCGGCCGCCAGCUGCUGAAGCCCUGUUCCUUUUGUUUAUCUCAGCCACAGUUCCCGUCUUCCUCUUCCUGUUCAGUCUCUGCCUGCAGUCCAGCAACACUGGAGAGCAGGUGAAAACAGAGAUUCAGACCUGAGUACUUCUUAUAUUUUAUUUUAAGAUUUUAUUUUGUUGUAUUUGUAUCUGAAAUAUGCUGAUUCUAUUGAACCAUGCUUGUAUUGUUGGUGCGAUUAUUGUACUCUGAGUAUUGAUCUCAAAGCUUUUCUGUGACUUUUGGCACCUUGAGCCUUUGUGGGUACAGCUGUCCGAACCCACAGGACUUCAUGUAGAAAAAGUUUAUUAUAGUUCAUUUGCUAUUUUCCUUCAGACAGUGAUGGUCUUAAUACUUACAAAUAUCCUGAUAAACUUUAAUCUGAUGUCACCCAACCAGCAGCCUUCCUGCAGCUGGAAGUCGUCCAACGCGCUCUACAUGCUGUCAAACCGUGGGCGAUUAGACUGAAUUAAAAUACUUCAUUAUUGAUCAGAGGAGUUUUCUUCUGAGCUCAGUUAAAGGGGCUAAAACAUGUUUAUGUUUGAGAAACCUGUCGACCAAUCAGCUGUGGUCGUUUUGGUUUUAAAACUGUGAGCAUGCAAAGCAAAGUUGUAGAUUUUAAACCGCUUCCUGCUGUUUCAAUGACGGCCUCCCAGCCCGGCGAGGUCCGAGGAGCACGCUGACCCUGGAAGUGAACCUGAAGCUGCGUCCGGUUUCAGUUGUUUUGUAGAUGACUGAUGUAAAAAAGCAUUCAGGCCACUCCGUUUUUAAGAGUCUGAUUUUAAUGAUUGAAUUCUGAAUCUUACAGUAAGCUGAAUCCUGAAAAUAAUCUUCUGUGCACUGAGUAAUAAACUGGAUAAGAUAUUAAACAGAGGUGGUUUAAGAGGCAGGAACACGAGAGUAUUUGUUCAGACAUCUGUAACAUUUUAAUCCUGUGUCAACUUGACUAAAACUUCUGCAGGAAAAGUCACAUCAUGUUAGUAAAGGUAAGCCUUGUGACGCUAGCUCUGAUCUCCUGCAUUAAUGAAAUGAUAAAAUUUCAUAUCUCAGGACUUCUGCCGCUGAAUCCUGAUGUUUAAGGUACACAACCUGAUUUUAAAACCUGUAAAACCUGUAAAAAACCUGCAGACGCAUCAGCAGCAGAUUUUAAGGAAAUGCUUCUUUAAAACGGAGCCUGUCAUUAAAAAAAUCUCAAAUGCAAUGAAAUGUAAUAUUUGGUGUUCAAGUGAUAUGAAUGAGUGGGUUAUGUGGCUGCUUCCUUUUUGUAUCCUCAGUUUUUGGUUUUGUUAUGUAACCCGUUCAUCUGCAGAGGCAGAAAAACACAUCGACUUUAUUCCUUCUUGUUAUGUAACGUGUGUUUCAUGAUGGCUGAAUAAAUCUGCAGUUUUCUCA